AUGGGCUCUCAGUUCGACUUCUCUAAGCUCGGCCCGUUGGUUAUGGGCGGUGCCGGCUUCAGCUACCAACUGCACAAGGAUCCGGAGUCGCUGCCCUUACGGCAGAUCCUGCUGCGUGCCUUUGAGCUCGGCCUGCGCACCAUCGACACAUCGCCGUACUACGAACCGUCGGAGCAAUUGAUGGGUGCAGCACUCUCCUCGCCCGAAAUCACCUCGCGGUACCAACGGAACGACUACAUCCUCAUGACCAAGGCGGGUCGCAUCAAGGAGGACCAUUUUGACUACUCGCCGGCGUGGCUUAAAAAGUCUGUAGCACGGUCGUUAGAACGCUUCCAGACGACAUACCUGGACGUGGUGUUCUGCCAUGACGUGGAGUUUGUCACGCUUGAGGAGGCCGUCACCGCCGUCGGCACACUAUUCGCAUUCAAAGAGGCUGGCGCAAUCAAGGCUAUAGGCAUCUCUGGAUACCGCAUCGACAUACUCGCCCAGGUUGCACAGCUCGUGAGAGAGCGGUUCGGACAACCUGUUGACAUUGUCCAGAACUGGGCGCAGCUCACCCUUCAGAACACUCGGCUGGAGCUGGGCGGAUUUGAAGCCUUCCGGGAAGCUGGAGUGAAGGCUGUGGUAUGCUCGAGUCCGCUUGCCGUUGGCUUGCUCCGGUACGGAGGGAUCCCAACGGGUCGGACGGGUGACUGGCACCCGUCGCCCCAAGGGAUGCGGCUUGCAGCGCAACAGGCUGCUGAGUGGGUGCACGGGCAGGGCCAGGUCAUGUCCCGCCUCGCAAUGCGGUUCGCUAUCGGCAAGGCUAUACAGAAUUCGAGCCCUGACUUUACGAUCACGACUGCCUCAGGUAUCAGCACUAUGUCUGAUCUAGAGGACAACGUGGAGGCGGCAAAGAGCAUUUUGAGGAGCUCUGGAAGUUCGUCUGCCAAUGAAGGAUCGUUGGCUCGCCUAAAUACAGUCAACGAGGAAGAGCUAGCAAAGGACCAACCGUACUACAAGCAGGUCAGGGACAUUUUAAACAACUGGGUGGAUUAUGACUUUGCUGAGCCAAAGCCCAAGGACGAGAAGGAUUGCAUCGAAGCUGUGCAGGAGCAGACCAUCAAUGCAAGGAUAUGA